AAUUCUGAAAUAUUUUCCUGAAUGGCUAUUAAAUCCAAUGUACUGGUUUUUCCCAAUUUUCUUCAUGAGUAAAGUAGGAAAAAAUUAUAAAAGGGACGCUGAAAUAAUUCAUCGUUUCGACGAGAAGUUUAAUGCCAAGGUGUUCAAGAGAAAAAAAGAAAAUUUUGUGAAAAAAAUACAUCAGCAACAUUCCUUAGUCAAGGAAUCAGGUAAUGAAAAAAAACCAAAGCGGAAAGCAAAACAAUGUCUUAUCGAUUCCCUGUUGGAUCUUCAUGUCAUACAAGGCUUAAUAUCGGAAGAAGACGUUAUCAGAGAUAUGGGAGGCGCUAUUUUUGCGGGUUACGAUACAACCGCUCACGUUACGUCAUGGACUCUUUAUUUCCUGGGAAGAUUCCACGUAAUACAAGAGACAGUGUAUUUAGAAUUGAAAGAAAUUUUUAAAAAUGAUAUAAAAAGAGAUAUCACUAUCGAUGACCUGACGAAAAUGACGUACUUAGAAUGCGUAAUUAAGGAGUCGAUGAGAAUCUAUACUCUUGUACCUUUUAUUGCAAGAAAAAAUCCUUCGGAAAUGAAAAUAAGUAAUUACGUGUUGCCUGCAAAUUCGACUUUUGUCAUAAAUAUCUAUGGCAUCCAUCAUAAUCCUUCUGUUUACGAAAAUCCCGAAGUGUUCGAUCCAGACCGUUUCUUACCUGAAAAGUAUACAAAUCUUCAUCCUUAUGCAUUUCUGGCAUUUUCUGCCGGAUUACGAAAUUGUCCCGGAAGUAAAGGUGCCAUGAUUACAAUGAAAAUGGUUUUGGCAAAUGUUCUUCGUAAUUUUAAAGUUUACUCUUUGGAUCCUCAGGAUAAAAUUGUUAGUUCAUUAUAUUGACUCCAAUAUCAGGUAGAAGAAUGUGUGUAGAGCAAAGACGUAUGUUGUAAAAUAUGAAAUAAGCUGAACGUU